GUUCGCCACGAUCAACCUGCUCAUUUUGCGGAGUUGUGAGGACAGCACGACUGGGAAGCAGGAAGAAGGAGUGGGAUCUCGAAACAGUUUGCCGAUCUUUUACUUUCUUUUCACUGCCCCCCUUCAAGUCCCUUAAUUCUUCUUCUUUAAUUGUAUAUUGUUUGCUGCCUGGCGUUGACGCAUGAACUGACUUUUGCCGAUCUGUCAAUUGUGCUGCCCACAUGGAUCUGUUUUCCAACGUUAGCGGAAAGCGGCGCUUAAAGAGCAACGCUCGCCUGCAUUACAGUUCCAGACGCAACUCAAUUGUUUCACCUGUCGUCGUGUCAACUAAACAGCAACAGCUACAAAGCGAAGCACAAACUGAGGAAGAAGACGAAAUUUAUAGCAGUACCAGCAAUGAUCGGCAAAAGAAUCUCUUAUUGUCUUCCGCGCAACCUCCCGUGUGCAGCAAUUCAGGGGAUCAACAGCAAUCGCAGCAACAGCAGCAACUACAACAGCUACCGCAAGUCCACCACCGUCUUCCUACUCCUGCGCAAAGGCCACGAGCUACACACUAUACCAGCUUUCUCGCAAAACGUGCUGCGCCAGUCUUAACUCGUUCAUAUAACUCUAUGCCAUGUAUACCCCAUCGUGAACAGUGGGCCACGUUGCCUGAUUUUGAUUGUGAGAGUCAUAGCCUGGGUGCAUUGGAUAGCCCGCGACCACUCGAUGAUUUUGUACAUCCCCAUGCUCCUGACGCAGCCGAAUCCUAUGACCAAGAGAUAGAACAGCUGUUUCAAGAAGUAGCGACGCGGCUUGAUUUAAAUCUGGCUGACGGAGAUAUGAACGACCUAUCGCUUGACAAGAAGCAGUGGAUUCUGCAUAACGAAGAUCAGUUGACGAAACAGCUUGGAUCCGUCAUCAACAACAAGGCACGGCAAAAUAUCAAUCGCGCAAGAUCAUCGCGCAAUCUUAACAGCAACAGUAACAACAAUAACAUUAAUAGUGGCAACAACAAUACCAGCAAUAACACGAUAUCCAAACCAGGAAAUGUAAAGCAUGCAAGAACAGUUAGUACGGAUACCACUACCACCACCGAUACUACUACAGCGUUCACCAAAGAUAAGGAACCAAGCACACCGGCUACGCCAAGAACGCCAACUUUGUCGUCUUUUUCAAAAUCGUACAUUAAGCCCUUUCUACGACCUGACAAAAAGACGGAUCGACUUUCACUGGUGAAAGAACUGGUCAAUCUCUUAGAGAGCAAACCGCUAAGUUGGAUAAGGCGGUUUAUCGAUGACGACGGAAUGCGAUUGAUUGCUAGUGAACUGGCGAGGCUGCACAAAAAGGCGGAUAGAAAACAAAAAGAUUUUCUACUGGAAUUAGAGCUGAUCAAGUGUCUCAAGAGCUUGAUCAACAAUGUCCAUGGCAUCCAAGAAGUCCUGCGGGAACCUCGUUAUAUCGAUCAAAUCACUUUAUCAUUGCUUUCACCAUACGUUCCAGUCCGUCAGCUUGCAUGCGAUACUCUUACGUUUUUAUGCUAUUGCGACAUCCCCAAUGGUCAUUCGAUGGUUUUGCGUGGAAUGGAGCUGCUGAAAAAACAUGCCGAUGGGCAAGGGCGGUUUGAUGCAUGGCUGGCUCCUUUCGAAAAGGUCCUAGACGCUCGAGGGAUGAUGGGAUCCAUGGUUGGGGCAAGCAAAGGCUUUCUCAAAUAUACAGGGAUUUCCGAGAACCCGGAAGAGCAUUUGAUCGAAUAUGGCCUUGCAAACAUGCUUCUUAUCAAUGCGCUUGUGGAUUCUGAAGCAGUGGAUGACUUGGACGUUCGCGUAGCUUUGCGCAACCAGUUGUAUCAAGCUGACCUUACGCGAAUUCUGAGCAAAAUGGCUCCUCUCGGUGACGAAAUCUUGCAGCGCAAAAUGGACGAGUUCCGUGAUUUAGAAGAGCACGAUGCUGCUUUGAUCUAUGGUGAUAUGGUGCUGAAUGAUGUCCUUGAUCCCCCAGAAAUAUUGGAUAACAUUCUUUCAUCCGUCACCGGAACCGAGUCGUAUGAUCUGCUGCGGAGUAUCCUGCAGCAUCUCAUGUUUGUCCCUGGCGAUGAACAACAGAGAGAGAAUUGUUACCGUAUCUUGGAAUCUGUCAUCAGUCGAAUUAUCCUUCAACAAGGGGGCGAUGGCGAUGGAAUUGUAUACGACAACCCGUAUGGAUAUACCGUUGAUACGCUUAUUUCCAAAUUUGCCGAAGAGAAUAAAUUCGACCAAGCACUCAGUGAUGUAGAUCACCACGUUACGCCUCCUAAUACCUUGACCACUUCCCACUCGUUAGCUACUAUCGAAAGCGAGCCAGAACCAGAAGACCUCAAAUCAAGAAUUGCAUACCUUGAAAAAACGCUUCAAGUUGCAGACCAAGCAAAUAACAUGCUACAGCAACAGCUGAACGAUUUGGAACUCGAGUAUCAGCAGAGUGUUGAAGUAAUCGAUGCACAGAACCGACGAUUGUACGAUGCGUUGCGACAAAUGACCGAGUAUGGUGCACCUACGGACAAACGGCGUGCACAUCGCAAUAGCCGGAAGUUACAUCACAGCAGCGACGCAGAUAUCAAGAACUGGGAGGCACAGACGGCACGACAAAAGCUGCAGAUGCAGGCAGAGGAACGGUCGCCACAAGAAGAAAGUAGCCCAUUCAAGCAAUCGUUCCGCUCCCGUUUGGGCUCACGCGUAACAUCGUUUGUCAAGCGGUCCAGCCAGCAGGACACGUUCUUACGAAAAAUCAGGGAUCACCUAUCCGACGAUUCUGGCUCAGCGCAGGGCACGCCAACCACAAUUGUUGCUGGAGAUGAUACAAGUAGUAUCACGAGCAAAAGAUCCAACAGAGCCAGCAGCAUCUUUUCAUCAUUUUCAGUUGCAAUGAGUAGCACCGAAGACUUGAACGACGACCCUACCUCGCCAACAAAGACAGAAACGCACAAAGAAGAUAAACUAACCGACAGCAACAAUAGAAAUGCUGAUACCGGUAAAGAAGUCGCCUCCAUUGCAGUAGGAGAAGCUGAAAAGGAGCCUCCGCCACCACCACCACCACCACCACCUCCUCCUCCUCCGCCACCACCUCCACCUCCACCGGUCCCGCCCCCGCCACCUGCGAUUUCAAUUACACCUGGCUCUCCGCCUCCGCCUCCGCCUCUACCUGCGCCUACUGCGUCCACAUCCACAGGCGGUAACCGUGCUGCACCUCCACCGCCGCUUAUGCUCAGCAACAUCCGACGCAAAGCCAGCGCAUUCCAACCAAAGCGACGUCUCAAGUUUGUUGAAUGGGAAAAAAUGAACACACUUAACAUUAAUGAGACCAUCUGGAGUCAGUUGGAAAAAUCCAUCAGUACGCCCAAGGAAAGUACUGACACUUCGAUCGAGUUCCAGCUUGCACGCGCGGGCAUUUUUGACGAUAUCGAAAAAAUGUUUGAGCAAAGGCCAGCCAUGGAGUUGAAGGUCAAACGUAACAAGGAAAAAGUUUAUGCACUCGAGCCACGCAAGGCUUAUAACUUGAAUAUCUUUUUGACGAGUAUCACACGCAAGGUACCGUUCAAUGAGAUUGCUGCACGGUUAAAAGCAAUGGAUCCCUGCUUUGACGACGAACAGGUGCUCUCAAACCUAAUCAAGUACGCACCAACAGCGGAAGAAAUGGGCAAAUUGGCGCCAUAUGUAUCAACUGCGUCAAAGAAAGAACGGAUGGAGCUCUCUAUGCCAGAUCAAUUUUGUCUCGAAGUCAUGGAUAUCAAGCGCUUCAAGGAACGAGUCGAGGGCAUGCUUUUCCGGACUACAUUCCGCGAUCGGUACCAUCAGCUGCAUAAGCAAAUGACGGCCAUUUUUGACGCUUCGCUCUCGCUAAAGAAUGCAAAGGCUUUUGGCGAGCUAUUACAUUUGAUUUUAUUGCUGGGAAACUUUUUGAAUGGCAACACGUACCGCGGUGGCGCCUUUGGUAUCAAGAUCGGCAGCAUCAACAAGCUUGUCGAUACCAAAGGAACGAGCAGCAGCAGUACUUUUCUCCAUUUCCUUGUGGAAACCGUCGAGGACAACUUUUCCGAUAUGCUCAAUUUCUUGGAAGAGCUGGAAGAGUGCGGCGAAGCAUGCAAAGUAUCGAAGGCUGAAAUGAUCAACGAGUUUCGCAGUCUCGAGACUUCAUUGACCCAAAUUGAAGAGGAACUCAAGGAGUACUAUCCCGAGGGCACGGACGAAUCAACGGACCGCUUUGGACCAGUCAUGCGUGAAUUUCACGAGCAAGCCUAUGGUGAAUUUAAACGGUUAUAUCUUUUGCGUAACAAGAUGAACGAAUGGUACGAUAAGGUAGUCAAAUAUUACGGCGAGGAUCCUGUCAAGAUGCAUCCAGACGAGUUUUUUGGCAUCUUCAAAAAGUUUACGUCGAGCUGGGAGCGCUGUGCUGGUGAUGUGAAGGUUGUACGACAAAAGAAGGAACGUCUUGAAAAGCAAAAGAAACGCGAGCAUGAGCGAAGAACGCGUGCUCGUAGUGGAUCGACGGCACGGAAAGGUGUUGACAUUAGUAACUAUGCAGGUGGUGAGAAUGGCGAGAAUGCUAUCAUGGAUGGUUUGAUGAAGAAGUUGCGUAUGGUGACUACCGGCGCUAACAAGGCAAGCCGACGACGCAAUGAACAGCGUAAGCAUCGACAACGUUCCAGCAGCCUGGUGAAUGGUGCCCCACAAUCCGACUCUGUAUCGCUUCGGGCACACAAGAUGCUUCAAUCGAUUCAAAGCGAAGAUAGCACCAGUCUCCUGGCCGUUAGUCCAUCGGGGCUUGACUGGCCAGAUAUGCAUCAUCAUUCGCCGCAAGAUUUCGCAUUCCCGUUGCAGCCACCGCCGACUCCUUCUUCACCUUUAAACCCUGCAGCAGUUGCUGUAGCAGCUCGUAGAAGACGAACCUCGGUGGAUCAUACAGCACGCAGUUUCACUGCACCCAUGCUUCAGCCGGCGUCGCCACUGAUGGCCAACAGUCGCUCGACCUCAACUCGUGUUGUGCGAACGCGUAAAACUAGCAAAAAACCACCGCCGUUUGACAGAUCGUCGUUACCACCACGCGUUUCUGGACGACGAUUUUCUACAAAAUAAUGAUUUUAUUUCUAAUGACAAUGUAUCAAAUACCCUCUCUCUCUCUCUCUCUCUCUCUUUUCCCUCAAACGUAUAUUUUAUUCAUCACAUCUUACACCAUUCAACAACAACUAUUAUUCAAUCUAUUUAAACACACACUUUAUUGUUAGACAAAACACGUAAAAUCAUACAAAAAAAUCUUCCCGCACCAGAUGAUAUGCAUACCCCAUUAUCUCUCAUUUUCUUCAUAUUUGCAACCCAACAACAACACAAGACAUAUCCACAACCCUUUAAACACUUACAGUACAUUAUAUAUACAUAUAUUCAUAUCAUCCAUACUUGUUCAUCGUUUCUUCUUUCAAAGUCAACAAAUAUAGUAUAACAGUUUUUUGAAAAUGU